CGUACAGAAAGACUGGCAGAGGUCCUGUCACGGCAACGCGAUAACACUAGGCUGAACCAAAAAGUAUAUAUAUAUAUAUAUAUACAAUAUAUCAGAUAACGAGCUGCUCUGGUUUGGUUUGCAGAGGCCAGCAAAUCCGGGCUGCGGCCGGCCAGAUAACAUACUAUAACAUCGGAAUAUUGCAAUACCAGAGACAAUCUCACCAACCAGUCGGUAUCAGCCUACUUUAAAUGUGUUACUCGCCGCGAAGCUUUAACUAUCUUUCUCUCUCCCUCCCCCAGACCAAAAGAAAAGAAAAAAAAGAGACAGCCAAGACACUGUCACCCCGUCCGACAUCAUCAACAAACAAAAAAAACCCUCACAAAGAGACGAACCGGCCAGCCAGCCACCAUCUUAACAGGCUGCUGAAAGAGACACACACUGAGAAAUAAGAGGCUAAUGCUUAUUUUGAUCAACAGGUGAUGGUCGACACCGACAGAGGACCUGAAUCCUCCCCCGAAAACAAACAAAGGAAAAAACGUACGCAAAUCUACGACACACUCGAUCAGACUCAAAGCCGCGUUGCCCAGCUGUAGAGCGUUAAAGGAGGGCCAAAGGUCCCCAGCGCUUCUUAAACAAAAGUUCUAAGGCGGCCAAAAGGUUUUCGCUCCGAUGUUCACGGACCUGUGUGGAGUUACGUGGACCCGAUAAAGAAAUGGAGGGAUAUUAGUUUGGGCCUCGACGCCUGGUUUCUGCUUCCCAUCAACCGCGCGGAGUACAGAGGGCCCGGUGGCCAAACUGUUGGCGGCCGCUGGACGGCGUGGCACGCAGGAGGCGGGGUCCAAUCAGACCGCUGCAGCAGAGCGGAUGCCAAGGCCCGGAGUCAGCCAUGAUGUUUUUAUAACCUGAUGAUCAGCAGAGCGAUGGUGAGGAAGAAGAAUCCCCCUAUCCGGAGUGUAGGAGGAGAGGAGGAGGAGGAGGAGGAAGAGGGGAGGAGGCCAACGGGAGAAGAGGAAGAGGAGGGAGAGGAGGAGGGGAGAGUCGGAGCAGAGGCCGAAAGGAUAAACCGGCCCUCUGAACCAGAAUCCUCGGACCGGAUCAGGGGCGAUGAGGAGCAGGAAGAGGAGGAAGGGGGCGAGAGCGAGUGCGUCUCCUCAUCCAUCUCUCCCUUGUCUGUUGGGGAGCCCUACAGCAAUGAGGAGAGAAGGGGGAGGAGAGAGAGAAGGGGAAGAGCCAACCACGGGGGAGCGGCGUUAAGUGACAGACUGGAGAGCCAGUCGGAGCUCGAGGACAUUGAGAAGGGGUCAGAGGAAGGAGAGAGGAGGGAGAGAGGCCGAGGGGAGGCAGAUCACCUCGCUGCUCAUCUCCUCUCCGCCCCCCACCUCCUCCCCCGACAGGAAGGAGGGGAGGAGUCGACAACUGACACCCCGCCACUUUCUUCCAGCCCCUCUCCCAAACUCCAGGACUUCAAGUGCAACGUGUGCGGCUACGGUUACUAUGGCAACGACCCCGCCGACCUGGUGAAGCACUUUAGGAAGUAUCACCUGGGCCUGCACAACCGCACACGGCAGGAUGCCGCCCUCGACACGCACAUCCUGGCCCUCCACAACAUGGCUCCCCAAAACACGCCUCUAGAUGUCCAGGCCGGACAGGGGCAGAGGAACCAAGCCAAAGAGUCGUGGAAGACUAGACCAGAUGUGCACAUUCAACAGCACAGGACUGUUAUGAUGAACGGCACAUAUGACGUACAGGUGACGCUGGGUGGCACGCUGAUUGGGAUUGGCCGGAAGACCUCUGAUUGCCAGGGGAACACCAAGUACUUUCGCUGCAAAUUCUGCAACUUCACCUACAUGGGCAGUAAUUCGUUAGAACUUGAACAACACUUCAUGUCCUCGCAUCCAAAUAAAGUCAAAAGCCCGCCAACCACACCCCUGCUGGCCACCAAUAACCUGGCAAUGCACGACAUCCAGGGGAAGGGGGGUAGUCUGAUCCUAGACGGGGCGGAGAGAGUCGCGGUGCGAGCGGAAGAUGACUCGUUGGUCGGUUACUCCAUCCCGGUCAGGGGGUCCCCAGAUUCGUCGAGCUGGACUGGGGAGCCCGCUCGAGACGCUGUGCAGACGUAUUAUUGGUGCAAAUGCUGCAGCUGGAGCUGUGAGGGGUCCGGAGGCUCGGCAAAGCUUUUAGAGCACUAUGAACAAAGACAUAGAAUGACCACGGGAGGUACUGUGAGCCCCGGCCACUCUACCCCUGGGGCGAUGGACAGAGAGAGGGAGAGAGGGGGGAGACGAGAGGAGGGAGAGAGAAGCCGAAUGUCAUCCAAAAGCCGCAAAGACCUGUCAUCCAACACAUCCAGCACCAGCCAAGGAGACCCCAACAGCAGUGAUUCAGAAGCAGUCGUGACCAGUUACAACUGUCAGUUGUGUGACUUCCGGUACUCGAUGGCCCACAGUGCAGACGUGAUCGUGGUAGCACCUUUGCUACUGCACUACCAGCACAACCACUCCAUCCACAGAUGCUGCAUCCAGCACUGCAUGUACUGUCCGCAGGGCCUCUGUCAGCCACACAAGCACCUGGGGGAGGUCUCUCACCCCUUUGCGUGUCGGAAGCCCAGCUGCCCCAAAUGCUGUUCCAAGUUCCCGCCGUCCACCAAGCAGCAGCACCAGGACGCGGUCGGAUCGAAACCCGCCGCCGCCAGCUCACCCAGCAUGACCCCGCUUAAUCCUAGAGGUGACCUCGCUGUGAUUUCGGGAUCAACUUUUUACGCCUCUAGCCCGGCCCACCCUGUUGUCACACAAGGCGUCACCCACUUGUGUGACCAGUGUGCGUUUGCCACCACCGACAUCGACGUGCUGCUGCAGCACUACGAAGGCUGCCACUCUCUGAUCAACCUCAAGGGGGCGCCGCCAAAUGUAAAGGCCGAGGAAGAGGCUGGCGGAGACAAAGAAGGGGGGAGAGGAGGAGGAGAGAGGGAGUACUGUUGUACAAAGUGUCACUUCAUCACAGAGGUGGAAGAAGAGAUUUUUCGACACUACAGGCGGGUCCACGCGUGUUGCCGUUGCCGACGCUGUGACUUCACGGCACCCGAUUCGUCGGCCCUCCUUGACCAUUUUAACUCGACCCACUGCCACGAAUCCUCUUCCUCUCUAAGCGCAUUGACAACGACCUCCUUACCCUCCUCGCUGACUCCUCCGUUAACGCUCGCCGCCAACGGCUGCUCAGCACCCUCUACCUUGGCCAUCAAGGAAGAAAGCAAGGGGGACCUUCGCCACCUCUACUCCCUCGCACCACCUGAGGGACGGUUGGCAGAGGGGGGCAGAGAGGAGGCUGGCGGGGUGGUGAAGAGUGAGCGAGGAGAGGAGAAAGAGAGAGAGCGGGAGAAAGGCUGGGUGCUUGGGGAGACGAGAGGAUUAGGAGAAAGAGGAGGUGAGCAGGCCCACGGCUUACUCUGGGUGCCCAAGGAACGAAUGGGACCCGAGAGAGGAGUAGAAAGAGGAUCAGGAGGAGGGAGCCCCUCUCUUUUCUCCUCCCCCCUCUCUUUGUCGUUUGUUUCAGCCAAUAACGAGGCCUCGCAGCAGAAAAGAGCCGUGACUUCGCCCAGCAUGGUUUACCUGGGAGACACCAAGUCCUUUUUGGGAGAUACCAAGUCCUUUUUGGGAGAUGCCAGGCUGUAUGGAGCAGGGAGGCCGGGAGGAGCCACCGCAGGCGGAGGGGAGAAACAGAGCCGGAUGCCUCAGCAGUACACGGGAGGAGGAGGAGGAGGAGGAGGAGGAGGGGGGAGUGGCGGCGGUAGUGGUGGUGGAGGACAGGAGAAAGGACGAGCCGCUAAAGAGGAGUCCCAGUCCCUUCUACGGCGUCGCAGAGGCAGCGGGGUCUUCUGUGCAAACUGUCUGACCACCAAGACGUCGUUGUGGAGGAAGAACUCCAACGGAGGCUACGUCUGCAACGCGUGUGGUUUAUACCAAAAGCUGCAUUCGACACCGAGACCUCUAAACAUCAUCAAGCAGAACAACGGUGAACAGAUCAUCCGCCGCCGGACCCGAAAACGCAUCAACCCUGAUUCGCUGUCAUCUGAGACCCCCGCCCCCAAACAACAACGCAUCACCAGCGAGGAGCGUCUGAAUGGGGAGGAGUCAGACAGAAGUUUUGCAUCAAUCAAAAACCAGCAGCCUUCACCUCGCUCGCGCUCACCCCGAUCCACUCAAGCCUUCCUAGCCAAUCAAACUUUGGAGAUCCACCGACGAAUGCCUCCUCUGCUUCUCCCCUCACACCCCCCCUCCUCAUUGGUUUCCGAGGGCAACGGAGGCGUGGUUGAGGGAGGAAUAAUAUCAAAAGGAGACGGCGGUAAAGGAGGAGGGGGGUCAGAAAGAGGCAGUCCGAUUGAAAAGUACAUGCGUCCAUCCAAGCCGUCUAGUUAUUCCCCUCCUGGGUCACCCAUCGAAAAGUACCAGUACCCUCUUUUCUCCUUACCGCUUCCAUUGACCCUUUCGCCUGAUUUGACUCCUGAAUCCGAUUGGCUCAGAUUCUGGACCAAGUAUAAGAUGGCGGCUGCCUCCGGGGUUCCUGGCAGCAUCAGUAAUCUCAGCAGCCCUGGUGGCCUCGGGACUAACGCUCUUUACCUUGGUGCAAUGGUGGCUCCAGGGCAGCAUCAUCAGCAAAGCUACACGGUGCCUUACUGCGCCUCUUCCUUCUCUCCUCUUCCCCCACCGCCAGCCCCUCCCCACUAUCCUCCUCCUGUUCACUCUCAAACCUCAUCGCCGUCAUUAGAGAACGACGCCCCUUUGGAUCUCGCAAUAAGACAAAGAGAUACAAGUGCUGCAACUACACACCUGUCAACAAACGGUCCAGAGAGGAGAAGGCAAGAGUUGCCGGUAUCUGAAAGGUUGAGAGAGAACUGGAAGGGAGAGAAAGAGGAAGAUGAGAGGAUGGAUGAAGGGGGUAGCUCAAAGGAGGAGGUAGGAAGGGAAGAAAAGGAUGAUUUGACAAAAUGUCAAUCGAGUGUCCCGUCGGCUCGCGCCAUGGUGGAAGCGGCCACGCAAGACGACCUGACCAACCGCUGCGUCCACUGUGGGAUCUACUUCCUGGACGAGGUCAUGUAUGCCCUGCACAUGAGUUGCCACGGCGACCAGGGACCAUACCAAUGCGGCUUUUGCCUCCACGUGUGUGUGGAUCGCUAUGACUUCACCACGCACAUACAGCGGGGCUUACACAGGUACUCAGACAAAACGCCGCAUAAGAAGGGUCGCGAGCAAGAUGGCCUCACUCAGGACGCCACACCGAUGUCGGAGCGACAGAAUGUGGCGUCGGGGGAAACCGACAAAGGGGAUCGUAGCGAGAUCACGGAUGAAAGCGGCGACGCCGUCGGUGUUUGUCUUGACAACCAAGCAGAUGAAACUACAGGCAACGAGGCCACGGACGAUGAAACACGAGUUGAAAAGGAAGAGGAUCCUGACACCACAAACCAGGUAUCGGCAGAUGAGAUGGUGUCAGAAAGUAAAGAUGUCAUCACAAAACCCAAGGAGGUAACGACUGUUGCUGAAUCUGAAAAUGUAGAUGAAAACACAGAGUAAUGAAUCGGAUGCCUUUGACUCACGCAGACCUUUAUUGAAUGAAUAAGCUGUCAGCCUCCACGUUCCUGGAGGCGAGCUCACGUCACAGUGGGCACUAAAUGGAACACAUCCUUAUGCUGGAAGCACUCGGCUGUCAAAUGGUCAGAAAUCAUCGCAGGAUCCUGUUCGACUGCUGCAGGGACAGUUGGGAGAAAUAGCCCCAAUCCUACGUUGAGUGACAGCCACGUGACAGCUGGGUGGCAAGUAUUCAACGACGGAGUCCGGGCACGCAGCCGGAAUCACAUUUUAACCAACAGCCACUUUGUGUGUUUACUGAAUCGGAGGAAGCAUGACUGAAAGUUUGACUGCUCCCGUUUGGGGUGAGUUUGAGGAGCUCAGCACUUGCACAGCCACCGUACAGCAGAGCAAAAGGAACAUGUAAAAAAUGUUUGAAGCAAAACACUUAAACUGGACUGACCUGACCCCUGAGCUGGUCCGAUGCAGCAUCCAGGAUGGGAGCUGGCUCAUCACUUUCUUUCUUCCAAGCGUGUUUUAGACUAUUUGAUCGCUGUGCUGAGGGAUCCAAAACCAAAAGUUAUUUUGACUCUCUGAAACUGGUCAGAGGUGAACCAGUUUAAUCUGGUGGUACAAAACGACGAGGCGGUUUCAUUCACUCGUGCCCUCAUGUUUCUAAAACAACACCGGCUGCAAAGUGGCCCCCGACUGUGAGACCGAUUGGGGCUGAUUUGACCGAGACUUUCUGAACUUCUUGAAGCCAGUUUUAACUGGUAAAACCGGAGGAAUCCGGACCGAAGUGUUCUCUCCAUCCAUUUGGAUCAAACCAAGUGACAUUAUUUUCUACCUUCCUCUGUGCCAUGAUACUAGCUACGUGCCUGGCUGCCUGCCUAACAGAUCAUUCAUCUAUUAACCCGCUUAACAUUUAUAAUGAUGAUAAUGGUAAUGAUAAUAAUAAUUAUGAUGUUAUAGGACAAUACAUGCAAUUUGUUACACCCUUUUUCCUAUAUAAUAUGUUAUUUUGUAAGGGCAAAUAAUGCUUUUUGCAGGAAAUGGUACUAUACAGAUUAGUUUAUUUGUGUCUUUUUGUCUCUUGUGUUGCUAUGGAGAGUUGUUGCAUCGAUAACGGCCGUCUAACAGAAAUGGUACAGCAGAAGACGGGGGUUGCGUGUAUGUGUGCAUUUGUGUAGUAGCGUUUGUGUGUAAGGAGCAACGGAUGUGUCCGUCCCAAAAACGAUGAUUUAAACAUUAUGAAGGCUUGCGCUCGAUAUUUCUGUACUCAGGGGUCACAAGUGUUGCACACCAACCCGCCUGUUUCAUAGCAUGUGACACAUUUUUUACAGUACAGCGGUCUAACUGUUUUAGCAUAUUUCAUAACAUUCUUUCUUAUAUGUUGUUAUUGUGUUCUUCAUGUGUCUAUAGGUCAAAAUGGACUUAGUAUGUCACUUUUUUUUCUGUCUUCACAAGGUUUUAUAGGUAAAGUUAUCAGAGCUAAACUUCCAUGAGGAUCAAUGAUUCGCGUUACCUGAAUGAACUUCUGCUCUGUAUUGAGUCUACAGAGCUCCUUCCCUACAGCGAUUGACGCAGCCUAUCUUGUAUAUCUGCGAGUUUGAGGUUACCUCUAUGUAGCAUGUUAGCAUCUUAUCAAAUCUGCAGAAUAUGUUGCCUUUUCUAUGGAUGGAGGCUGUUACACUUUUGACCUUAAUAAUACUGAACAGACACAGGACAACGUUGUAAAGUUACAUUUUAUAUUUCACUGAAGGGAAAUGACCAUGUUUCUAACUCACCCCACUUCUCUGCCAUUCAAUACCAAUGUUUGGAUUUUAAAAUGUUCUAAAUUAAGAAAAGGACCUGCCCUCCAUCGCUUGUCCUCAAUAGUCAUGACAGUCAGGUCCUCAGAAGUCCCCUUUUUCUGAAAAAAAAAAAAUGGAGCAAAACCGUGGCCAUCUUGUUUAUUUUUAUAAAGAGUGAAUCACUUCUUCUGCCUUGCUGCCUUAGUUACAAAAAAAUGAAAUCACCAAGAGACUCUUUGAAAGAAGUGUUAGUAGGCCAAAAGAAAGAAGAAAGAAUGAGAACAAGAUAUUUUUCUAUGCUUAUCCAAGAGACAAGAAUGAAAAAUGUUCCACCCAGUGCCUGGUAACUUGUACAGUUUUUCUAACAAGUAUAACUGUGUCUAAAAGUAUUGUUAUCAGUCUGCUGAUGAGACUCAUGAGAAGUCUGACUGCUAUAUUUAAUGCACCGAUAUUAUCAUUAUAAUGCUUGAUUGUCUGCUGUCUGGUUGAUCAAAUACUUUUGGUAUUUUCAGCCUAUGGGAAGAUCUGUAGGAGCAUUUAAAAAAUGAAGUUGGUUGCCAUGGUAACUUUCAAUCGCUAGUUAUCUGGAUGUAAUUUUUUGCAUGUAUGUUCACGAGUCUGUGGAAACGCUGAGACAUACAGUAUGCCUUGGUAGCUUUAGUACAGAAAGGUUGUUCUGUACUGUGGGUUUAUAUGGAGAUGAAUGGUGGCACGCAGUCAAGGUACCAGAAGGCCCAAAUCAUGCAAAAGGUACAGGUUUUAGUCUGGAUUGUUGUUCUCUGAAGAGUUUUCUUAAAGUCUUUACCGUUCAUGACUCCUCUUCAUACCACACUGAUGAAACUAAUUCAAAAUGUUGAUUAUGUAAAGAAAAUCUGAUUCAAAUGGUGUUCAAUCUAUAGGAAAUAUCUUGUGCCAAUGUGUUUAAGUUUAUUUGAUGUUUUUGUGAUUUCCUAAGGGGCUGCUAGCAUAAUGAAAUCUGUUUACAUUUGAAAAUGUAGCAAAAGAAAAUUAAGGAAUGAAGCAGUGCUUCCUUAAAAGACCGAACAAACAGAAGGACCUGCCGAGGUGGAUAGAACGGUGCCUUUUGAAGAAAACAUGAGCAGACGGUGGAUAAAGAGUAGCUGACAAAUAUAGGUUAAUGUCUCCAUUUAGCCUUUCUUCUGUUGUCUCUUGUAUCCUCAUCACCUAAUUUGACCAAGACCUCUCCAUCUUUCCUCAUAUCUGUGCACCUGUUUCUCCAACCCACUGACUCUCAUCUAGUCUCCCGAGUAAUGCACAUGGGAAGGUAUUUUGGUAAUUCUGUCAUACAUUCUGUUACAACUGACAGCCUCUGUGCUUGUGUUUACCUCGUUGAGUUACAUCCCACUCAGAUGGGCCGUAGGUUUGUUGAAACAAAUCUCAGAUACUUGGCCAAGCAAAGUUUUCAGAUUUAGGUCAAUUUGUUUGCCAAUGGGACUCAUCUUAGAUUCAUAUUCAAAAAGUGUCCUCUUUUAAACAAUGAAACUUCCUCCGGUAAAGAUUGUAGGGGGAUUUCUAGGAAAAGUAGGGCAAAGAUAUAAAAAAUAAACUGGAUGAACUAUUUGUUUAUGUUCAAUCUGGGUGAUGCCAAAAUGUUUUAGAAGUUAAUCUUUUGAAAGAAAAUCCUUUCCCUAAACUUUCUAAGUUGGAAGUAAAAAGAAAACAGUCUUGAUAGAGGGAAGAAUAAAAAUGCUCACACACUUGAUACAGAGCCGUUUUCCAUGUGCCAGCUUAGCAUUAACGUCUCCCAAAGGUCACGUGAGGAUACUGCUUAUGUCAAACAUACAUUUGUUGAAAGGGAGAACAUUUCAGCUGGCUUUGUAAUAAAGUGGACAAAAUCAUUGUCUAUAAUAAGCAGAUACUGCAGUACACACGUAACAUGUUUUCCUUCAAUAACGACUGUUGUUUUGGGUUUGAUGGCAUUUCACAUCAGCGUUUACAUUGGGGGGGACUUGACAAGUGUUUUUGUCUUUCUCAGAAUGUGUUAUAGAGAAUUAUGCUGUUGCUUGCACUCCAUGUAUUAUGUUCUUAUUGCUAAAGAAGGGACAACAACACACACACAGACACACACGUUGGCAGUGGUACGACUUGAGUGUACAUUUUGGGAUGUACUGUAUUAAUCAUGGGAGACGAGGGAGCUACAGGCCAGUUUACUAUUGGUCAGACACACAUGCAUGAACACACAUCGACUAUGUACAUUUAACCAAUAUAUUUUAGUAGAAUUUUGUCUCCUAUUACGUUGUAUGGCUUUGAUAUCAUUUCUUGUUUCUUUAGGCUAUUUUCUUUCUCAUGUUGUGUUUUAUUCCGAAACCUUAUUUCCGGUUUCAUUUAAUGCAAAAAUGAUAUUUCAACUUUUUUUUUUUUUUGGCAGCCAAGAAAAAGUUUGUUACACAGCUAAACUUGAAGAAUAAUGUUGACGAUGAUGACGAUAAUAAUUAAUAAAAGUAAUAACA